UUUAUAAGCGAGCGGCGAUGGGGCCCGCCGCCCGGUGUGCAGCCUUUAGCUAGUACGAAGAGAACAUGUGGGUACUCGUGCUACUAGCGUGCGUGAGCGCCGGCUGGGCGGCACCACAGUACGCGUUCCCAGGAGCGGUGUACGCGCACGCCCCGCUCGUGCACGCACCCGUCGUCCAUGCUGAGCCUGUAGCUUAUCCAAAGUACGCGUUUAACUACGGCGUAAAAGACCCACACACCGGUGACAUAAAGUCGCAGCAAGAGGAGAGAGACGGCGAUGUCGUUAAAGGUAGCUACUCAUUAGUGGAGCCUGACGGGUCGACGCGAACCGUGGCGUACUCGGCAGAUGACCACAAUGGAUUCAAUGCGGUUGUACACAAGACCGGACACGCCGUGCAUCCCGCGCCAAUAGCAGUCGCCCCACACUACGCUGCGCCCGCGUUCGCCAUAUCACCAUACGGAUUACACUAACUUGACUACGAACGCUGCCGCUCGCUUUGGUAUAAAGUCGGAACAUUAAUUAACUAUAGUACACGUUACCGAUGUUUUCGAGCGAGAAAUUACCGGUAAAGUGUGCUAUAAAUUGUAUUCCCUUAUUCAGGUGAGCUAGCAUAUACUCUAUAAUGUAAGUGCACUUUUUGUUAUUUAGACAAUGAAUUAAAUAUAUUAAUUAACUCUCAAGGUUAGGACAAUUUGGUUAGAUGCUUA